AUGGCUGAGUCAACAAAUAAGAAGCAGGAUAUUUAUCUUCUAGGCCAGCGUCUAAAAACUGCCAUUCUGGGUAACAAGUUACCAGCGAAAGGUGAAGUGAUGCGUCGCUUUUUGUACAUUCAUUUGUCAGAGAAAAUGACAGUUCGCGAUAAUCUGUUUGAUAUAGCACAUGCUAAUGCUAUUGAACUGAUUCAGAUACAAGAAGAAAGAAAAUUUUUGCUGGCACAAAGGGAACCGGAACGGCGUGGUUAUAUGAGUGGUGUAGAUAAGAAUCUGGCGCUGAAAGAGGCACGCUCGUAUGAAAGGAAAAGAAGACAGGAGAACUACAAAUUAAAGUCAGUCCAAGCGCAGGAAGAGAUCACUGCCGGUGCAUGUUCAGCUGAAAUAGAGCACAGUUCCAGUGAUUCAUCGUCAAAAUGUGAAUCAGAAGAAGACAGCAUUGUCAAACGUGUGCAGGUAAAGCUUCUCGAUGUCCCGUCCACAUUGUGCACGGGAGUUGAAAAGCUCUUAUCAGUUCCAAAACUAGAAUCUGGUACAGGGGAGAGACAGGCUACAGAAGUGCACGAAUGCCUCUUAGAAUGGAACCUAGAGGAGUCUGUUAAGGCAUUAGUGUUCGAUACUACAGCGAGUAAUACUGGAAAGAAAAAUGGAGCAUGCACCCUGCUGCAACAAAAAUUAGGGCGUAACUUUCUGCUGACAAGAGUUGAAGAAAAGGGAAUCUGUCGCUUCAUCGUUUUUGGCAUCUGUGUGUAUCUUAGAUCGUGGUUCACGGCUCCAGAUCUUCUUAGUGCCGCUAGACAUGAUCUCCAGCUGGUAAAGAAAAUCCAACAAUUCAGAGAUGUAGACCGUGAAGUUUCUGUUGCCGCUGCAAACGCACUUUCUAGACAUCUAUGGUAUGUUAGCGAGAACUUGCUGGAGCUGCGUUUUUCGAUGAUCAGAUUUCUCAUGAGAAAAAAAGUGCAGAUGAAUAUUAAUGACAUAUCUGAUGAAAUGUCUGUCAAAGACUUUGUGUCUUCGAACACCAUGCAAUUCUUUGCAAUCCUCGGACUGCCUCACUCAUUUCUAAACAAGAGACCCUCCGAGUGGAAAGAAGAUGAACAGUACAAGAAAGCUUUUGAAGUUGUAAGCGGUAUAAAGCCAGUCAAUGAUUUUGCAGAGAGAGGAGUUGCUUUGAUGCAGGAUUUUAACAGAGCAAUAGUAUCGUCCGAAGAACAAAAGCAGUAUCUUCUGCAAAUUUAUGCCGGCCACAUUCGAAUUCCGCACCACGCAUUCCCGAACCGCAUCCGAGCCUUCAUCUCGGCGGAGUCGACCCUGGCCGGGGUCCGCCACGUUACAAUAGACCCUCUCAGGGUCGUGCCGGGCAAAAGUUUGUUCGCGCCCUACUUGUUGACUAGAGACGCCGGCGUCGUCAACUAUCAGCAAGUCUUCAACAUUCAUCAUUUUAAGUAA